GUCUUUAAAAGAAGCGGAAGCAACUUUUCCAAAUGGUGUCGGCAUGGGGAGACUCGUCUGCGCGUGACGUAUUCAACUUUUCCUCGCGGGGCGGUGAUGACGCAACAGCUGACUGCGGAGGGGCCGGACCCCCUCUCCCCCCCUCCCUUCUCACCCCCCCGCCGGCUUCGGGACGUCGCUCAUAACGCCGUCAGGUGUUUGCGGAGGCUGGACGCUGUCGUCUUUCAUCAGGAAUUGCUGGGGGGGGGGGAGUUAUUUAAACAUUUUAAUACCUGACGUCGGCGAACUGGACGCGACAUGAAGGGUCAGACGGUUCAUAUUCAAGUACGUAAACUAAGUUAGGAUAUACUUGUUUAACGCGGACGCCGGGCCGUCGCUGCUCAAUCUGCGCUUUCUACUUCUACUUCAUGCGACCGUCGCUCCUCUGAGCUGAUCGGCGAUGGGAAGCGCAGGAGCUGCUGAUCCGUCCCCAGCGGCCGCCGUCAACAUCUGUUCAGCCGGAACAGCUGGCUGCGUGGCCGAGCUGGUCACUUUCCCCCUGGACACGGCCAAAGUCCGACUGCAGAUUCAGGGUGAAUCCAAACCCUCACUGGAAGCCCAAAGGGUAAAAUACAGAGGCGUUUUCAGGACCAUCUUCACCAUGGUGAAGACCGAGGGUCCCAGGAGUCUUUACAGCGGGCUGGUGGCGGGGCUGCACCGACAGAUGGGCUUCGCCUCAGUCCGCAUCGGCCUGUAUGACACCAUGAAGCAACUCUACACAAGCGGGUCAGACAAUGCAGGAAUCGGGGCUCGGCUGCUGGCGGGCUGCUCCACGGGAGCGAUGGCGGUGGCCGUCGCGCAGCCCACCGAUGUGGUGAAAAUCAGGUUCCAGGCUCAGGUGCGGCUGCCCGGCGGCGGCACCGUGAGCAGAUACAGCAACACGUUUGAUGCCUACAAGACCAUCGCCAGGGACGAGGGCGUCAGAGGGCUGUGGAAAGGUUGUCUGACGAAUAUAACUCGCAACGCCAUCGUUAACUGCUGUGAGCUGGUGACGUAUGACGUCAUUAAGGAGCUCAUCCUGAAGUACCACCUGAUGACAGACAACAUGCCGUGUCACUUCACAGCGGGCUUCGCGGCGGGUUUCUGCACGACCGUUGUGGUGUCUCCCGUGGAUGUGGUGAAAACGCGCAUCAUGAAUUCGACGCCUGGGAAGUACAGCGGCGCUCUGAACUGUGCCAUGACCAUGCUGACGAAAGAGGGAACUACAGCGUUCUAUAAGGGAUUCAUGCCUGCGUUUCUCCGUCUGGGCUCCUGGAACAUUGUGAUGUUUAUGAGCUAUGAGCAGCUCAAGAGAGCCUUCGUUAGAUUCCAACAGUCCCGGGAUUCAGCGCUCUGACAGCUGGUUUGCUGCUGUCGAUGUGCCGUCUGCAUCGUGCUGCCACUGCUGAUCCAGACCUUCUCUCCCUCUCAAGGAAUACACUUCCCUUGCUACAGAAACUCCACUUCAGAGCAAACCUGCAUGGAUUAUGAAUGUUGAAUUGUUACUGACGUUGGGCACAUUACCAGAAUAGAUCUAGCAAUGUUCCUGCUGUGCUUUUUAAAUUGGCCUUUUUCAUUGGGAGCCUCUUUGGCAUGUCACAAGAUGUAUCGAUGAAACAAACAAUGGCUGAAUUCCAUUUAGCUGCUUGAGUUUCUGGGUCUUGUUAUUUGCCUGAGCCUGAGGCCUAUCAUGCUUUACUGAGACAUUUGACUCAAACAGGGUCAUUUUUACUACUAACGAGUCCUGUACUUCUCUUACUUCAAAUUCAAAAUAUAAGGAAAUGAAGUACCUGCACGGGGAAGUGUGGUGUGGAUGCUUGCAGGGUUUCCUGCACAUCUUAUUUCAUAUCUAGUGUCAUGUGAACAUUUUUUAUGUAGUCUUUCAAAUGAAUGUUUAGGAAUUACAGUUGUAAUUAACUGUUAUAUUACAUUAUGGAAUUAUUGUUUCCAACAAAUUACACAAUUGUGUAAUAUUCAUAUGUGCGGUCGCGAAGAGCAACAAAUCACCACAGGGGAGAAGCUGGAACCCGAACAUCCUCAAAUAUAUCUGAUACUCUCCGUAUCAUAUAGGUAAUAAUAAUCCAUGCAGGACAAACCCACUGAGUAUCAUUUCCGCAUCAUCUACUGCAGGCUGGUGUCAUCGAUACUCUACUGCAUAAUCCCCUUUAAAUGCGACUAUUCAAUGCGAAGAUAGAAUGACCCCUAACUGUGCGAUCCGUGUCUUAUACUGACAGCCAAUGGAAAACCUUUCAGACAUGGUUCUAGCUUUAUAAAAGCUGUGUUUUCAUUAAAAUUAAGCUUUUACUGUGUUUGACUAUA